GCCCGGGCCCGGGCCGCCCGAGCAGCCAGGACACCAUGCCCGAGGGCGGCGAUGGUUCCGGCGGGGAGAUGCCCCCGCUCGUCGCGGACGGCGAGCCGCUGCGAGAAGAGCAGCGGCCCUUGAAGCAGUCUCUGGGAGGCUCCCUGUGCCAAGAGUCUCACUGGAAGUGCCUGCUCCUCACACUCCUCAUCCACGCCUGUGGGGCUGUGGUGGCCUGGUGUCGCCUGGCCACUGUACCUCGGUUGGUUCUGGGGCCUGAGGCAGCUUUGGCGCGUGGGGCCGGUGGUCCGCCACCCACCUACCCAGCCAGCCCCUGCUCCGAUGGCUACCUGUACAUCCCGCUGGCCUUUGUCUCCCUCCUCUACCUCCUGUACCUGGCAGAGUGCUGGCACUGUCAUGUGCGGUCGUGCCAGGCGCCUCGCACUGACGCCAAUACCGUGCUUGCCCUGAUCCACCGGCUACAGCAGGCACCGCCCUGCGUGUGGUGGAAGGCCACCAGCUACCACUAUGUGCGCCGCACACGCCAGAUCACCCGCUACCGCAAUGGCGAUGCCUACACCACCACUCAGGUCUACCAUGAGAGGGCUGACAGCCGAACGGCGAGGGGCGAGUUUGACUACUCAGCUCACGGUGUCCGGGAUGUCUCCAAGGAGCUCGUGGGCCUGGCUGAGCACGCGGCCACUCGACUACGCUUCACCAAGUGCUUCAGCUUUGGCAGCGCCGAGGCCGAGGCCUCGUACCUCACGCAGAGGGCUCGCUUCUUCAGCGCCAACGAGGGCCUGGAUGACUACCUGGAGGCCCGCGAGGGCAUGCACCUAAAGGACGUGGACUUCCGCGAGUCCCUCAUGGUCUUUGCUGACCCCCGCAGCCCACCCUGGUAUGCCCGCGCCUGGGUCUUCUGGCUCGUGUCAGCAGCCACACUGUCCUGGCCACUGCGCGUGGUGGCAGCCUACGGCACAGCCCAUGUGCACUACCAGGUAGAAAAGCUUUUUGGUGCCAGUUCGCCACCUCCAGGGGCCAUGCCCAGUGGGCCACCGCUCUCUCGUGUGGCCACUGUGGACUUCACUGAGCUCGAGUGGCAUAUCUGCUCCAACCGGCAGCUGGUGCCCAGCUACUCGGAGGCUGUGGUCAUGGGUGCUGGCUCAGGUGCCUACCUGCGAAGCUGCCAGCGCUGCCGCCGCUCAGUUAGCAGCAACUCGCUGCCACCUGCCAGGCCCAGUGGGCCCCGCCUGCCCUUCAGCCGCAGCCGCCUUUCGCUGGGUGCUGGGGGCCGAGCCACCCCUGGAGUCUUCCGCAGCUUGAGCGGGGGUCCCCUGGGCCGCCGAGGGGAGGAUACCGAGCCCCUGGAAAGCCCUCCGUGCUACGAGGAUGCUCUUUACUUCCCAGUGCUCAUUGUCCAUGGCGACAGUGGCUGCCGGGGGGAUGGGCAAGGUGCACUCUGAGACCCCGUGGCCCCAGAGCAUCCUCCUCCUCACCAUCCCGCCAUGGGCUUAGACACCUAAGUAAGUGUCCAAAACUGGAGGGAAAACGGACCAGCCACACACAAGGGGUGGGGGUGGGGUGUCCUUAGACUAAAAUGCAGUGACUUGUGGUCAUUUGUGGGGAGAGUGGUUGUCACCUAAAUUGAACCUGUGAUCUGUCCCCAGCAUGGCUCCCCUACCACUACCAUGUUCCAUCCCCUGUAACAGCAGAUUAGUUGGCUGGGGGGGGGGUCUUUCACACUGGACAGGGGAGGAAGUUUCUAGAAAGGUCAGGGUAUGGAGGAAUACUGGGUAUAGCUGCCUGUCCCCUUGCCGUGACUGAAGUCCCCCAUUGGAAGUCUUAAAACAAUCUAGAAGCACAAAAUGGUGGUCUGGGGCCAUGCCCAGCUGGGCUGGCCAACCUGAAGCUGAAGAGCUGGCAGUGGCCCCUACCUGCCAAAGUUCCCCUUCUCUUCCCCUGUUCAUCCCUCUUGCCUACCCUCGGGCCUCUGCUCAGGUCAAGCCCCUGAUUCUCCCUGGAUCCCAUGGUGCAGCCCUUCAACCAGAGCCUGGUUCUCAGAGCACAGCCUUGCCCCUGUCAUCCCUUCUGAUCUCCUUGGUGCCCAUGUGUUCUCCCUCCAUCCAGCUACCCCUAUGGCCCAGGAUUCCUGCCCAGGGCUCUGCCACAGCCCUGGCAUUCUCAAUGUCCAUGUCUGCCUCUGCCAGCCAUGUGCACACCAAGCCUUGUUCCAAUUGCUUUCCCGGGCUUCUCUGCUCUUCACCUUCCUGAUGAUCCACAGGAUGCAAGGCCGCAUGGCAUCCGAGGGGCACAGACCUGGCCCUAGCCUCUUGGACGAUGCCCUUGCUUUGCCCUGGAGGUCCCAGUUUCUUCUAUCCAUGGAGCCUGGCCAGGGGACACCAUCCCUCCUGAGGGAGAGAAUAGUCCCUUCCCUUCCAACUGGGGCUUCCAUCCCCUCUCAGGGGCUGGUAGGGGAGGGAGGAGGUAGAGAAGAUGCAGACAAAAUAAAGCUAUGAAAUGGAAAGGCUUCACAUGUGCAUUCCUGAGUGGCAAGUCCAUUGGGCCACACUGAGUUGGGUGCAGUGAUGGGUUCUGGAAGAGGACCCAAAGGUGGGCUGUAGUGUUCCCAGAAGUAAAUAAACAGAGGGGGUCCCUCUCUGCCCUGUCCAGGA